CGGAAUUGGGUUCAAAUCACCGCGGACCUUUCAGAUGUCUGUUGUACACUGAGAGAGUAAUGUGUUUGUUGUGGUUACUCUGAUCCUCGGAGAGAUAAAAAUGGUUGUUUACAGUCUAUUUAAUUCCGUUGUAUUGGAUCUUCUACUGCGCCACCUGCUGUUAGUCGCCGGAGCUGCAGUCGUGACAGUCUGCAUUUAUUAUUAUGUCCAACGGGACGAUGGAGGACAAACCACCGAGGACACCACCGUCCCCGAAGACCCAGUUUAUGAACAGACCACGGAACCGGCUCUGGUCCGACACACAGAGGUUGUUCAGGACCAGAUGAUGGAGUGUGAGCGAGAACAGGAGGCUCACAGCAUCCUCCAGAACAAGUACCAGGAGAUGAAGAAGACUCUGAUGAACAAGGAGUUACUGAAGGAGUACAAGCAAGAGCAGGAGGCUCACAGCAUCCACCAGGCUGAGAUCAACGAGUCCAUCACUCACCUGGAAGAGGAGAACAUCGAGAUGAAGAGGUCUCUGAUUGACCAGGAGGAGUUACUGAAGGUCACUCUGGCUGAAGCUGAGGAGCAACAUAAGAAGGACAUGGAGACCAUCACUCAGCUGGAGGAGGCAAAUUCUGACCUGACAGAAAGGGUGGAGGCACUGAGAGAUACAGUAGAGACACUGAGGAACAUAAUCCUUCAGUCUAGCAAAAAGCAUAACGACCUAACGAAUUACAGAGAGGCUCACAGCAUCGUCCAGUCUGAGGUCAAUGAGAUGAAGAAGAUCAUCACUCAGCUGGAGGAGCAAAACAGUGAGAUGAAGAAGACUCUGAUAGACAAGGAGUACAAGCAAGAGCAGGAGGCUCACAGCAUCCACCAGGCUGAGAUCAACGAGUCCAUCACUCACCUGGAAGAGGAGAACAUCGAAAUGAAGAGGACUCUGAUUGACCAGGUGGAGUUAAUGAAGGUCACUCUGGCUGAAGCUGAGGGGCAACAUCAGAAUAAUGUGCAGACCAUCACUCAGCUGGAGGAGGAGAAUUCUGACCUGACAGAAAGGGUGGAGGCACUGAGAGAUACAGUAGAGACACUGGGGAACAUAAUCUUUCAGUCUAGCAAAAAGCAUAACAACCUAACGAAUGAGCGAGAGACUCACAGCAUUGUCCAGUCUGAGGUCAAUGAGAUGAAGAAGAUCAUCACUCAGCUGGAGGAGCAAAACAGUGAGAUGAAGAAGACUCUGAUACACAAGGAGGAGUUACACAAGGUCGCACUGGCUGAAGCUGAGGAGAAACAUCAGAAGGAUGUGGAGACCAUCACUCAGCUGGAGGAGGAGAAUUCUGACCUGACAGAAAAGUUGGAGGUGUUGAAAGAAACAGUGGAAGAACUGGGGAACGUACUCUUUGAGACUAAUAGAAUGUGUGAUCUACUAAUAAACGAGCGAGAGGCUCACAGCAUCCUCCAGUCUGAGAACAAUGAGAUGAAGGAGACCAUCAUUCAGCUGGAGAAGGAUCAUUCUGACCUGUCACAAAAGGUGGAGAUACUGAGUGAUACAGUAAAGGAACUGGGGAAAGAGCUCUUUGAGACACAUUUGCAGUGUGAUGAGCUCACAGAUAGUGUGAGCGAGAGCGAGAGGUUUACAGACCAAGUACAAUGAGAUGAAGAUCCUGAUUCACAAAAGGAGUUACUGAAGAAACAGGAGCAACCUGCUGGGACCAUUGAGAGCAGCACAGGAUCUACAUCAGGAUCGGUGUGAUUUGAAUAAUAAA